GGUCAACCCAUAAAAACACAAUCAACUCAAAGAACAAUAAUAACAUCGUCCACAUAGGCCAUUCUCUCCACGGUCGUGCGUCAAGCAGAUACAGGAAGAUCUCUUGAUGUGCGAAAAGCUUUUGUUCUCUAAAGAGCAGACUCGGUUAUGACCCUUCAUGCCGCUGGAUCAUAAAGCAUCAUGAACGAAAGCAUGUUGUGCUCAGUUAGCAGCUUAUUGGAUUCCAGCUCGCAAACAUAAAUCAAAUAUCACCAAAGCUCAUAAAGGUUGAAAGGCCUUAGCAACCCUGAGUUAUAUUUUGCUCUUUACUCAGCAACACACAGCUGGAUAUAGGCACCACACACACACAAGAUAUCAGAUGACAUUUUUGUUUUAUAUACAGUAUGUUGCACUACCACAACAUAGUAUAUGAUCUAAUCCCAAUCCAGUUUUUGAUAUAUUCCUCGAAGGACUAUCGCCUGAGAGAACUGUGAGUGUCCCCUUGCUGGUUCAUUCUCCCUGAGCGCUGACAUCCUGCGGCAUGCCUGACCCCUCACCCUCAUAACUCCCGCUUUGUUCAGCGGGACGCGACCCCAUGACCUGCUCCUUCUCCUCGAGUCGUCUCUCAGGCUCACUUUCAGAAUCUGCCUACCCUCCGAAUUCCUGUACGAGGCUGAAACAUGAUCCUGACCCAGUGAGCUCAUCGACAGGCGUGGACUUACAAAAUAACUGCGAAAAAGAAAAGAAAGAGUGUGAGAGAUGGAAUGUAGAAACAAAAGACAGGUUAGACAGCGCUAGACUCGGCUCCUGAGGGGUUAAGUUAAACGCAGCCAAAACAUAAGGAAACACAAAGGUGCGUUGUGCUCAUGAGCCUCAUUCUCGGGACCGACGGCGCACGUCUCAGCGGGAGCUUCUUCUGUUGAGCUCAGGAGUUUCGUUCUCCCCUGCUGGAGUCGGUAUCGAAAACAUACGUAAUUCCAGAAGGCUCCCGUUGCCCCUCUGACCUGCUGAGACCGAGAGGCUUCGGUAGAAGUCUCUGGACCCAAAUGUCACAUCUUCCGGAAACAGCCGGGGCUGGGGCCCAUCAGCACUUGACAGCAGGCUGGGAGGUGGACGGUGUGGCUCAGUGCUUCAGCACUCUCUCAGUCACACCCUGCUUGGGCCCUUCAUUGAGCAAGAGCAGUUCUGCAAUGAUCUGAUUCCUCAGCAUGGAUGGCUUAAGUGAGAGAACCCAUGCACUCUAAUGAGACCCCAUCUCCAGACAAGGACUAGAAAUUAUCAAGGGAUUACUCCUCAAAUUCCUGGUUAUCUGCAAACUGCACAUUAGAAUAAUCUUUUAAAGGACUUCAUUUUGCUGGAUUUGUUACGUUUCUUUUUUUACUCCCUCCAACCACUGAGUUUGUCUUGCCAUUUCUUUUCCCUCCCUUUCUUUUUCAUUAUGGAGUUUCAAGCUGGAUUUUGGAAUAACGAUUGGACUUCAUUUCUUCGUUUUUGGUUGACAGUGUUGUUGAGCUUGCAUGUGCAGUUUAGCCCUGUCUCCUCCUGUCCUGAGGAGUGCCGCUGCGAUAGAACAUUUGUUUACUGUAAUGAGCGAAGCCUGACAUCUGUGCCUCUGGGGGUGCAAGAGGGUUAUAAGACCCUCUUCCUCCACAACAAUCAGAUCAACAAUGCCGGUUUUCCAUUGGAGCUACACAAUGUUGCCUCUGUAGAUACUGUUUACCUAUAUGGAAAUCAGCUGGAUGAAUUUCCCCUCAACCUUCCCAGGAACGUUCGAGUGCUGCACCUUCAGGAAAACAACAUCCAGACUAUAUCAAGGGCAGCACUUGCCCAGCUACCCAUGCUGGAGGAACUCCACCUGGAUGACAACUCCAUCUCAACUGUAGGGGUAGAGGAGGGGGCUUUCAGGGAGGCUGUCAGCCUCAAGCUUCUUUUCCUUACCAAAAACCACCUGAGCAGCAUUCCUAUCGGAUUACCAGCAGAUCUCAAGGAGCUGCGUUUGGAUGAGAAUCGCAUUGCCGACAUUGACGAGGAUGCCUUCCAGAAUGUCACCACCCUGCAGCGACUGUUGCUGGAUGGGAACUUGCUCGAGGAUGAGGACAUCGCUCCAGGAACCUUCCAGGAUCUGGUCAACCUCAAAGAACUGUCCCUAGCACGCAACUCCCUCACCACUCCACCACCGUUGCUACCUAGUGCAUCCCUGACCAAGCUCAACCUGCAGGAAAACCAGAUGAACACCAUUGAAGUGAAAUCCUUUGCUGGGCUUAGUAAACUGGAGAAGUUAGAUAUCUCCAGCAAUCAGCUACAGUUUCUUCCAUCGGGUGUCUUUGACGGCUUGAGAAACCUGAGGCACCUUAAUGCGAGAAACAACCUCUGGCGUUGUGAUUGCAGCAUUAAGUGGGUCAUUGCAUGGCUCAGGUCUCUGCCGGCUGCGAUAAAUGUCCGUGGGUUUACGUGCCAGAGUCCAGAAAGGGUGCGUGGCAUGGUAAUUCGAGAGCUCACCUUAGAUGCCAUUGACUGCCCAGCGGGCACCGUGUUGCAUCCCUGGCCAACCCAUUCAUAUCCAUCUACAUUGCCACCACGAAGAACCACCACCAUCACCACAACCACCUCUAGAACCACCCACUUCACCACCAUUCCACCCACUGCUUUUUACCCCGCCUCAGCCAAGCCCACUCCCCCAAUUCCACAUUUCCCUCCUGGUCCCCUACCUCCUUACGAAGAUCCCUUAAAAAUCUCCUUUCAUGUUGUUAAUUCUACCUGCAUUGUUGUGAGCUGGGAGUCUUACUUCACUGUGACGGCUUAUAAGGUGACUUGGGUCAAGAUGGGGCAGAGUUUGAUGAGUGACAUCCAUCGAGAAAGAACAGUCCCAGGAUACCAACGAAGACUUAGCCUGUCAAAUUUGGAGCCCAACUCUAUCUAUCGCAUCUGCGUGUACGUUCUGGAUACUCUUAACACUUACAGACCGGGCGAGGAUACUAUCUGUUCUGAGGCUAAGACCAAAUCCACAUCCACGUACUCUGAAUCCGAGCAAGCUGCCCAACAAGACAACACCUCAACACUCCUAUUAGCUGGAGUGAUAGGUGGGGCAGUGUUGGUGGUCUUAGUGACACUUCUAAGCGUGUUUUGCUGGCACAUGCACAAGAAAAGCAGGUCGUCAUCGUCCAAAUGGAAAUACAAUCGCGGCAGGAGAAAAGAUGACUACUGCGAGGCUGGCACCAAAAAGGAUAACUCCAUCCUGGAAAUGACUGAAACAAGCUUUCAGAUAGUGUCGCUAAACAAUGAGCAGCUUUUAAAAGGGGACUUCAGAAUUCAGCCCAUCUACACACCUAAUGGAGGAAUUGGCCUCCGAGACUGUCACCUUAGUAACAAUAGCAUAGCUUAUUGCAAGAGCAGUAACGUUCCCAGUGUGGACUUCUGCCACACAUGAUGCUUUUCAAUGGAUGCUACAACCAUUUGUUCAAAGAAAAUGUAGUUCAAUAUACUGUACGAAACACGUAUACAUAUACAUAUACAUAUAUAUAUAUAUAUAUAUAUUUCCAGGUGCAGUCAACAUGGUAAUUUAUACUGUGGACAACUAUGUGGAAUUCUGCUAUAUUUUCUAUUCUUAGUAAAUAUGAAAUGAUUUUGUAAUUUGUGAGGCUCAAAGUGGUUUCACUCAAAGACGCUGCAGAUGUUUUGAAGCCGUAGACGUUGGCUACCUGCUGCAAGUGCAGUCCACAGGUUUUUGCCUCUCAACCACUUUAAGAUCUCGAAAAUAUUGCUAACCACACAACCAAAAUAUGCCCUUUGUGCUGAAAUACAGCUACCCCUUCACACAACAGUAGUUAAGAUAACAGUGGUCAGGAAACCAAAACACCGCUGAUUAAGCUGCAGUAGAAAAAAAGGAGCUGAGUUUUUCCUCUUUUUUUUUUUUUUUUUUUUUUUUGUGGGGAGGGGGAUUGAAGUGCACUUUUAAAAUGCAGCAGAGAGCAUGAGCAGUCAUUCAGGAAAUGGGCUUUUGUGGAAAUCACAUUUGAAGGGAAAAGGACCACUCUUCAACACCCUGCAGUUCUCAGAAGGAGAGGCUGACAUCGGUGAACGUGGUAGGGAGAUGGGCAGAAGGGCUCUUGUGCAAGCAUUUUCCAGGGCAUGUUUAUGUUUCACUUUACCCACCAGGGGGCAGCUUGUUUCAAUCCAUACAGAGAAUAGCAUCUCAAAUAGACCACGAACACUAUUUCUGACUUUUAUGUGAAUAGCUUUUGUGCUGGAACCUUAUUUUCAAAUAAUUAGCUGCCCAAACAUAAAAUUAAGUAAUAUAAUAGCUAAACCCCUGAGGUAAACUAUUAAUAUCCUGAGGGAGCUCUGUAAUCUGCUUCAUGUUUUCUUUAAUUAUAAAUUGUAAUACAUAAGAAACGUUGAAAAACUUCAAAUUUAAGUCUGUAUUUUCCUUUUAUAUACUUAAAUUGCCCUUUCUGAACAUGCUCUGUGAUUUACAAAUUAGGCCAGGGUAUUACACAGAGCUCCAUCUCUCAAUCUAUUUCUGUUCUCUCACAUGAAUGCGAUCAGGAACAUUCUACAGCGACAUCCACAUCAUUGUUUAGCUUUUCCUUUACUGACCAAAACCCUUUUUAAUCAUGCAUCACAUCAGGUGGGAUGAUGAAUGAAUGUUUAAACAAAAGCCUUCUCUUCAUGGAGAAGAACUGGCACAUGCCAGAUUCCAUCUUUGAAAGAGUUUCAGAUCCCUGCAUGAGUGCAAUUAGGACUAUUUUUUAAUGGCGCACCAGUUUUCCAGGACAGAGAGCCGAGUUUGGAAUGCAGGCUUGCUGUGGAGAAGUAUUUAUCAUGCGCUGUUACUCACAGACUUUACUUGCUUUGACAAGAUUUUAUUUUGUGGGCCGAGUUCAAACCCCCACUGCAUAAUCCCUGGUCCAAGAAGGAGGGGAAAAAAACAAAAAAAAAAAUUUCACUUGGCAGGAGGAUUCUGGAUUGGGAGGGGGCUUGUAGUUGGGGUGGGGGUCCUAAUUGUCGGAGUUAACCAUUCAUCGCUCUCCGACUUGGCAUUAAGUGUUAGACGAGAUCGCUGGAUACUUGUUUACAUCCAAACUGCUUUUGGAAUUACUCGAAAUCAAACAGAUGUUUGAUUUCUGUGACAAACAGUCGGUGCUUGCACAGGUUAACUACCAACAAACACACAAGGUUGACCUCAGUGCGUGGCACAAACAAAAUGCUCUCUAAAAGGAAAAAAAAAAAAGGGCUACUGCACUUCUGUGGUCUUGAAAGUAUUUCUCAUUAGCAUCCCAGCAGGCUGCUCCGACCACCCCGUCCCUACUUUCCUUGAAAUCUGGAACAUCCUAGGGCUCCAUUUCUCAACUGAAGGCUUUUAACUGAUGUGUACACCAUUAACAAUUCAUUUCAAAUCCUGUGGCCACCCGUAACUCUUUUUAACAGACUUCCUCCACACAAGUCCGGUGCGGUUGUCAGGCUCAGGUUCCCCGAGAGGAGGCGGUUGCGGUGGCGCAGACUCAAAUGAAUCGCUGCAAAGUUAACCCGUUAGUGAGAUAAAUCUGUCUCGAGCCUCUCUCCGACAUAUUUUCACAGAGAGAAAAGUUAUGGCAGGCUAAGCAGAGGAACUUAUUUGUGCCACUAUCCAGUACAUCAUUCCCUCUACCGAAGUCCUCAGGCCUAGCGUGGAGGGUUUUUGCUGGGUCGUUACCAAAACCAGAAAUUUUUCAUUUUAAACAUGGACAGUUUUAUCUAUUGCCUUACUGUAACCCAGCAGUAUGUCUUAAUGUGGUUCAUGUGAGGGAUUUGACAUCAUUUAUGCAGAGAUCUGUGGAUUACAGUGAUAGUCACACAUUUUGAGGGCAAGGACUGAAUGGAAAGCACACAUUUUGAAGGGCAAUUGCAAACUGCAUCCUGACAGACAUCAAUAGAUGACAUUGCUAACAAGCCAAGGUCUAUCCUCCAGACACGAAUGGUGUGUUAUGAUUCAGAGUGACUCAUAGCCUCGCUCAUGUGGCGAACAUUGUUCUUUAUUUUCUAUGGAUGAGCUGAAAAUCACAGUAGUAGCCCUGUAGUCAAAUGGAUGUAUUACACAAAAGGGACUGUGAGCAAUGCCUUGCGUCCGUAAUCCUACCCAACAGUCAAUCCGUCUCUUGAAAAAGCACAUUGAUUUGGUUUGGAAUAAUUACUCUAAAUGACUGUGAGGUCAGUCUGAACAAAGCACUACCACAUAUGUGGCUGAAUACGUCUUUAAUCUUUGUGUGUCCCUUUCAUUAUUUUUUAAAAGAAUAUUUUUUUCGUUAUAUUUUGAAAGUUUUCUCACCUGUGCGACUUGGUUGAUAUCCACAAUUGAAACUUAUUUAAUACAGACUUCAGCACAUCCUUUGACGUGGUUUUGCAUUAGGAUUUGAAUGAAUCGCUUACCAAUUGGUUCAUUCUAACAGCCAUGACUAGCUGAACAACAACCACAAAAUGUCAUGUGUUAUAGCAUUCUGGGUCUUUUUUUUUUAUUUUCUUCUUCAUAAUGUGGAUGGGGAGUGGUUGUAUGAUUUUUGAAGAUAUGGUCUCAUUUUAAAGAUAUGGUGAUUUGUUUGGUCUUUAAGCUGGGUUUUGCAAGUAGAAUCCAUUGGGAACCAAAGUAACUUUUGAUUGCUACGUACAUUUAAUUUCUUUUGUUUGUUUCCACUACUAAACUGUUGUUGUUGUCCCAUGUAUGUGCCUUGAAUUGAACUUACAAUGUAAAGUCCUUGAAACCUUUAAAUGUUUUGCACAAGUUGUAAAUAGAGAACCCAAGCUUUUUUGAAAAUAAAGGAGCCAUCAGAAUUUA